GUGCGGGUGAGAGAGAGAGAGAGCUGACUGACAGACAGACAGACAGACAGAGGAGGGGGAAGGGGCGGCUCAUUGGGAGAGAGACUGUAUGGAGCAGGGAAUUAAAACCUAUCAGCUGAAGACGGAGUGAAAUACUGAGAGAAAUACAGAAAAGAAAGAACAAAAAACACACACUCUGUGUUACAAACACGCAGCCUGGAGCCUCAACAAGCUCCGUCUGUGAUUUUUCACCUUGGCCGUACGUGAGGAACAGAAGGAGCCAGUGGAGAGAGUUCACCGGCUUUGUUUUCCCUCCCUCCCUGUUCUCCCCCUCUCUGCACCGUCUUGCCUCCUCUGAAUGAUUGAAGCCAUGCCCAUCGUGUCUGCAAGCACAGGGCUACAUGAGACUCUGGCCCUGCUCACCUCUCAGCUCCACCCUGAUGCCAACCAUAAAGAGGACCUGGUCUUCCUCAAAGACGUUUUCAGUGAGAAAAGCCUCGGUUAUCUCAUGAAGAUCCAUGACAAACUGAAGCAGUAUGAGAAACACAGCCCGACUCCAGUUCUACACAGCGCCACCUGUCUGGCAGAGGAUCUGGCAGAAGAGCUUCAGAACGGGCCGCUGGAGGACGACGAGAGAGAACUGCUUCUCCUGCUGAGCACUCCUCACCUCAAGGCGGUGCUGUCAGCCCACGACACAGUGGCCCAAAAGAACUUUGACCCGGUGCUGCCGCCACUGCCGGAGGAUCUGGACGACGACCUGGAGGAAGAGUCGGUCAAGAUCGUCCGCCUGGUGAAGAACAAAGAGCCUUUGGGAGCAACCAUCCGGAGAGAUGAGGCGACAGGAGCUGUAAUCGUGGCCAGAAUCAUGAGGGGAGGAGCAGCUGACCGCAGUGGUCUGGUGCACGUAGGGGACGAGCUUCGAGAGGUCAAUGGAAACCUGAUAACCCACAAAAGGCCGGAUGAAAUUAGUCAGAUUCUGUCCCAGUCACAAGGCUCCAUCACACUGAAAAUCAUUCCAGCUGUUGUAGAAGAAGACAAACUAAAGGAAAGCAGGGUCUACCUUCGGGCCUUGUUUGACUACACGCCCUAUGAGGACAAGGCCACGCCAUGCCAGGAGGCGGGACUUCCUUUUAAGAGGGGGGACAUUCUUCAGGUUGUUAGCCAGGAGGACGCCACUUGGUGGCAGGCCAAGAGGAUGGGUGACUGUAACCUGCGCGCUGCUCUCAUCCCCUCUACACAGUUCCAGGAAAGGCGCCUGAGAUACAGGAUGAAGAUGGGUUCCUUCCCUGCCCUUACGUCCCCCAAAGCUCCUACAUAUGAUCGUGGUGAGAGAGAGGACUGUGACACUGAGGGUGCUCUGAAUGGAAAAGACAUAGUUUCUCCCAAGAGUAAGGCUUCCCCUGCCUUCUGUGGCCAUGCUCUCUCAUGGGAUUUUUACUCAGCCGGCCUGCGCAGAAGCUUCCGCCUCAGGAAAGAUCGGCAGGGUUCACCAGGAGAACCCCAAACUCCAGACGCCAAUCACACCGAGUUCCUGAUUUACGAAGAAGUAACACAAUAUCUGCCCCGCCCUGGUGAAAGGCCCCGUCUUAUAGUACUGAUAGGUUCCCUGGGAGCUCGGAUCACUGAGCUCAAACAGAAGGUGAUCGCUGAAAAUCCUCAACGUUUUGGUUUGGCUGUGCCUCACACCACUCGAGCCAGGAGAUGUAAUGAGAGAGAAGGAGUCGAGUACCACUUCAUCGCCAAAGCAGCUUUUGAUGCAGACAUCCAGAAUGGCAAAUUUAUUGAAAACGGGGAGUAUAAAGAGAAUCUGUACGGCACCAGUUUGGAGUCCAUUCACGGGAUUUUGGAUCAAAACAAGCUCUGUCUGGUGGAUGUGCAACCAGAGGCCCUGAAGACUCUACGUACUGCUGAGUUCAAACCAUAUGUCAUCUUUGUAAGGCCUCGCAUCUAUGACGGUCAAAGUAAACCACUCGGCUCCUCUUCCUCACUCAGCUCAGGGAUCACAGAGGACGACCUACAGGACAUGAAACAGUCAGCUGAGCAGAUGGACGAGUGCUACGGCCCUUGGGUGGACUACGUCUUGGUGAAGGAGGACCCAGUCAGUGCCUUAGCUGAGCUCCAGGUCGUACUGGAGAGGGUGCAGAUGGAGCGUCAGUGGGUGCCUGUGUCCUGGGUGAGGAGCAAGCCUGAUUGACUGGCUCAAGUUCGAUCAGUGGACCUCAGCGUGUGGAGGACAGGUUAAACUGCAGGAAGCCUCUGGGUGUUGGAGUAAUCAUGUUCACUGCCAUACUAACCGUUCCACACAUACAGGUUUGUAAUAGUUGGCCAAGUCACUGUCUGAACAUCAAGCAAGCCUUUCUGUUUUAUAUUCUUCUGUGUAAAAUGGGAGUAGAGCAGCUAACAGGUUGGUAGUACACGCAUGUAGGAACUAGGUUCCUAAUUCAAGCUGUAGUUGAAGAUCUGCACUCAGUAUGAUCAAUUAUAUAAGAUGUCUACUGUAAUAGCAGCUAUAAUGUGAAGUGCCAUAUCGAGCAUUUACAAAAUGUAAUAACGCUGCAGAUCAUCUUCUCAUGCUGGAGACUGUACUUAUGUAACUGUUACCUGACUUGGCUUUGACAAAAGUCUGUAUUAAUUAAGAGAAACGUGUUGAAUCCAUGUUGGCACAAAGAAAUAAAACCCAAGCACCAUCCAGUA